AUGUUCUCAAGAAUAUCCAAGAACACCCUGAAAGACGUUAGCAUCCACCUUCCAGCCCCCACACCCCGUUUUCCAGUCCGACCACCACCACUCUCCCGGCCCUUUCAUACCACUCCCCGCCUUGCAGCUCGUUAUGAACGUUUCGACGAACGGCCAAGCUUUGGAAACGUUGGCGGAGGGUCUUCAGGAGGUGGCGCGGGUGGCGGCGGACCCAGGGGACCGAAUCUGUGGACGUAUAUCAAGCGGAGAGUAGGAGGAGAGAGGGCUGUUUGGGUGUAUGGGAUUGGGAUCGGGGCUGGAGGUGUCUACUAUGUCGCUCACCUCGAAAGAGUACCAGAAACAAACCGCCUACGCUUCAUCGACGUCGACGAAGCCCAAGAAACCGAGCUCGGCCGCCAAACCCAGCUCCAAACCCUCUCCGAAUACUCCACCGCCGUCCUCCCAGCCAACCACCCAAUAACCAAGCGCGUACGCAAGAUCGCCACCCGGAUUAUCGAAAGCUCGAAUCUCGGCAGAGUCAAAAGCGGCGGUGAGAUGGGGGCUGUGGAGGGUAAAGUGCCCUCGUUUGGAGGGGGCGUGGAGAUGAAGGAUAUCUUCUUGGGAGGGAGCGGGGAUGGAUCGCACAGUAUCAAAGAAGGGAAAGAAACAGAGUGGGAAGUCUAUGUCAUUGAUGACAAGAAGACCAAGAACGCUUUUGUCCUGCCCGGCGGCAAGAUCUUUGUCUUUACCGGUAUCCUCCCCGUGUCCGCCAACGACGACGGUCUGGCUACCGUGUUGGGACACGAAGUAGCGCAUCAGGUCGCGCGUCAUCCGGCUGAGAGGAUGAGUUCGAUGAAGGUGCUGUUUGCGCUGGGAUUCUUGCUGGAAACGUUGGGUCUGGAUGUCGGCGUUUCGAGAUUGCUUCUGACGUUCAUGCUUCAACUACCCAAUUCUAGAAAGAACGAAAGCGAAGCCGACUUUAUCGGUCUCCGUCUCAUGGCCCGCGCAUGUUUCAACCCCUCAGAAUCCACCCACAUGUGGGAACGAAUGUCCCAAUCCGAAGGCGGCGGUAAAGGCCUCAACGUCGAUUUCCUCUCCACCCACCCUGCUAAUGCUAAGCGGAUCAAACAAUUGACGCAGUGGUUGCCCGAGGUCAGUCCCGCUUCUUUGCCCAUCCCAAACUCAUCCCAUGGGAAAGAUGUCAAGGAGAAAGAGGGAAGAAGGAAGUGA